AUGGCGAAGUCGAAGAAUCACACGGCUCACAACCAGUCACACAAGGCGCACAGGAACGGGAUUAAGAAGCCCAAGAAGCACCGCCACACUUCCACCAAAGGGAUGGAUCCGAAGUUUUUGAGAAACCAGAGGUACGCCAGGAAGCACAACAAGAAAAUCGGUGAAUCUGCCACCGAGGAAGAGUAG